UUCCUGACCUUGCCUACACUCGCUCGUCCGGAGCAGACGCGCCGGUUACAGGGCUUCCCUAUUCCUUUCCUACGCUAUCAAUUUAAGGCGAAAGUAAAAUAGUCUCGUUCAAAAUAGAUCAUUAACUCUCUUUGUUAAAAUAGUUUGUACACGAAAUAAAAUAGAUUAUGCUCGAUUUCUAUUUAAAAAUUGCAGUAGAAGUACAAGUGAUCAAGCACGAAAGUUGCUCGUGAAUGCAGACGAAUCGACGACACGAGUGUCAGCGAGGCAGAGCAGAAAUCUUUAUGACGACUUAACAUUACCUAACUAACAGGUUCCGAAACCCUCAGCUCUGAAACUACACCCGUCAUAGAGAUAGUGUGACAGGGAUUUGGUAGCCGAGAGAAAAUAAGUAUAAAAUCAUUGGGUCCUCAUUUGGGGUUAUCAAGCAUUGAAGGCACCCAACGACUAAAUCCAGCCUGCCGUGACAAUCAUUGCGGAUUAAAACCUCAGCAAACAACAAGCAGGCUUAAAAGUCUGAACUAACGCUCCACGACGCCUCAAGCCACCUUCCUCAUGGGGGUAUGAGGCGAUUGGUAGCUGUUGAGGGUGAUGCUUCAGCAUGGGGUCAGGUCGUGUCGUAAAACAAACUCCAAGUACGCGUUGCCUGAAGAAUCGCAAAGUAUAUGGCCUUGUGGAGGUUUAAGAUUAGCUCUUUUUUAACACGAGAAUGACGUAAAGCAUGAAACAGUCGACAAUAAUUAAAAGCCAUUUAUAAAUCGUCUCGAUGGAACAGAACGCGAUUGCGAUUGUCCAAAGGAUGUUUUACCCCAACUGGCUGUGCUGGGCCUUCUUCACGAAGAGCUGGGGUCUCUUCUUCAGUGAGGAGCUCUACAACCUCACCGUGCUAUUCUCCGCCGCGCUGCUGUGGCAGUACCUGUCGGGUAGCGCGCGGAUCACGAGCGUCUUCUGGAGCGCCUUUUGGGCGGUGGCAGUGCGCCGCUACCUCGCAGAGGGCUUGUGCACGUCCACAACUCGCCUCACGGGCCAGACGGUCGUCAUAACGGGCGCCAACGUCGGCAUCGGCAGGGAGACCGCGCGAGACUUGCUCAGGAGGGGGGCUCACGUGAUCUUGGCGUGUCGCAGCCUCCCCAAAGCUGAGGAGGCGCGUCGGUCCCUGCUGGGUGAGGGAGGAAAGGUGGAGGUGCGCCUGCUGGACCUUUCCAGCCUACAGUCCGUCAGGGACUUCGCUGCUGGACUUGUCAAGGAUAACAUUAAAGUCCACAUCCUCAUCAACAACGCAGGGGUGGUUUCGUGUCCGUACAUGGAGACGCAGGAGGGCUUCGAGAUGCAGAUGGGCACGAACCACCUGGGCCACUUCCUGCUCACGAACCUCCUCCUGCCGCAGAUGAAGCAGCACGGCGAGCCCACCCGGAUCAUCAACGUGUCCUCUAUUGCUAGUCUCGGAGGUAAGAUCGACUUGGAUGACUUGUUCCUGAAGAAGAAGCCAUACGACCCACAGCAGAGCUACAACAACAGCAAACUCGCAAACGUCCUCUUCACCAGACGCCUCGCGCACCUCCUCAGAGGCACGAAGAUCCAGGUGUUCGCACUACACCCCGGCUGCGUGGUCAGCUCAGGCACGCGCCACGUGCUGCGUUCGACGUUCCUUAGAGACUACGUCUUUAGUUUGAUGCUCAAGACGACGCUGGAGGGCGCACAGACCACCGUCUACUGUGCUACUGAAGCCGAGCAGCACAGCGAGAUGUACUUCAGCGACUGCGCCGUGGGCUGGGCGCCGGACGCCUCCAAGGACGAGCGACUGGCCGAGGACUUGUGGAAGCUGUCAGCCCAGCUCGUCAAGCUGGACGAGUGACUUGCAGGGAGGAGACUGGACGAGUGACGUGCAGGGAGGAGAUGAGGAGCUGGACGAGUGACGUGCAGGGAGGAGACGAGGAGACUGGACGAGUGACUUGAUAAGUAAAGGAACGACGUCUUGCUUGCCAAGUGACCGACAAUAUCCCUAGAUUGUUUAUGAACGUCUGUGCUCUUUUAAUAACUUGUUUCUGGAGCAUGCCGAUUGCUAACGUUAAUCCACCGACGAAUGUAGCUCGCCUUCGCGAUUGAGUCAAACGUCGCUGUUGAUUUUACACUGCAGGCGAUUAAGUCGAAUACUGUAUUUUAGAUAUGAAUUAAUUUUUUUUCACAAGGAAGUUUGAAUUGAUUUGUACAUUCUGAAUAA